AUGGAGUUUCGUAUUAGUUUAGGUCGAAGUCAUGGUUUAAGUAAUACUCCAGAAAACAGGGAAUCCGUUGAAUAUUCUAAAUUAUUACCUCCGGUAUUUUAUCAACUAAAAACAGGCGAAAAGCUGAACAAUCAUACAUAUCAUACAACGAAUACCAGAAACUGUCAUGCGAUUUUUCAUCUUCAAACGGAAUCAGAGAAACAAUUAGAAAUUGAAAGACAAAAAGAUAGGCACACACUACUGGAAAUGUCAACAUUACAAUCAUAUAAAAAUUCAUUAGAAUCUAUUAAAAAUCAAAUAUCAUUACCUUGUUUAUAUCGUCAUAUUUAUUCAUUGAGUAAAGAUGAUUUACGAACAAUGAAGAAAAUGUAUGGCUUUGAAGUUUAG